AUGCAGCCUGGAAUACCUUCACGGGGUGGGUGUGAACGCACGUGUCGCUUCCAGGAAAACGUAGUUCCGCCGCCUACUACGCCAGUGGUUUCCGUGAAGGGCGAACUCAGUUUCCCAAGUGGCGCUGCGGCAGAUAGCCCGAGGUCGGGCUUUCCCGGCCUAAGAGCGGGUUUGAACCGGGCGGCGGCAGUAGUCGUUGGCACAGGUUGGGAAUGGUGGCGUCAGUGUCCUGUAUCUGGGAAGGUCUCGGUCAAGAUUCGGCACCUUCAUCUCCCACCUGAUAUCUGCGAGUCAGGGUAUCCCGUUUUCCCAGCAGUUCUCCAAGCAGCAACUGCUGUGGGAGGAGUGAGAGAUUCUGUGCGAGGAACUGAAGUUAUUGCGGGACCAGCUGCGCCAGCACCAGGAACUGCUGCUGGAACAACUGGCUGAGGGGAGAUUUCCAGAGGAGCACACUUUCUAACCUGGAGCCCAGCAGCUUUCAGCUCUAGGCCCAGAGCCUUAUGCAGGGGGUAUCUAUCCUUUAAGAGUCCCAAGAUGCUCCUGAGUGACCUAUAAGGACUUGUCAGAGUAGUUGGGUGAAGUCUUCUUUGCUUGCCUUCUCCUCCAAGGCCUUGUUUCUGGGCCCCCUGCCCCUCCCCUCUUGAUGUAGCUGGUAUCUGCCCUCCCUGCUGAGGCUUGUCACUACCUGCUCACCAACUGUAAUAAAAUGUUUUGUAAGUCUU